GGGAACUUGUGGGGAAAAAAACCGUUCAGAAAUAAUAGCACCUGAAGAGGAUCCGCCCGAGUCAGACCGAAUCAGGAAAUGUACGCAAAUGAAUUAAAGGUCUGAUGAAGGAAUCAUCUGAUGAGUCACUAACAUGAAUCUCAGCUGUGAGCCAAUAUGAUCUUAUGAAUAUUUAACAGAGGAAGAACAAGAAAGAAGAAUUGAUGUCCCCAACAAUUUCACACCUGUAACUCCAACCAGGAGGCCUCUCACCACAGAUUCCUCACCACAGGAACCAAUCAGCAAUCAACAUCCCUCAUGCAGGAUGAACAAAAUCUGAGGCCUGAAAAAGAAGACAAAGGACCAGAAUCUCAUCAGGUUUCAGAAAGGAGUCACUAAAUCCAGGUCAAGAUGAAACGCAGAAGAAAAAGUUCAGUUUUCAAUGAAAGAACUUCAUCAGAUUCAAUGAAGAAAGAUGAAGAAACAUCUGAACACGAAGACAAACUGGAAGAUCAAACACUUAGCCUUCAAUCUACUGACAUUUUCAGUCCCAUGGAAAGAAGGAGGGAUGAAUCCUCAGACCUGGACGAACCGUCUUCUGAUCAGAUAUCUCAUCAAUCCGAGGCAGCAGAGGGAUUAUCUGAUGUGUUAGACCAAGAAACUGAGACUGAUCCAGUUCCACUUCCAUUCUUAGGAAGUGAAACUGAGGAAAUAACAAAAGCCAGUGAGGGAACACCAAGACAGCCUGAUACCGAGUCAGUCGGGUCGGUUUCUUCACUACAUGGAGAAGGAGGCAAUAGUUUAUAUUCUUUCCAUCCCUUUGAUUGUGGGAUGGUUGUUGUGCCUCCUCCUUUCUUCACCCAUGAAAAAAGGAAUCAUCCUUUCUUCAUGAAUUAUUCCUGGGGAAAACCCCUCUACCAACGAAGGGUUCAUUCAUUAAUUGAAGAACAUGAAGCAGAUGCUGAACAAACCUUCCAAGGUGAAGAGCAACACACCCCACUUGAUCUUUCUUUACCCUCCAACACUCGUUUCAUCAACGUAUCACCACCAGCUGUAACCUCUACAUCCACUGCAGAUACGUCUUUGAAGCGACUCGACUUCUCUCUUUCUCAUCAAGAUGAAUCUCAUAGUCAGUAUGUGGGACCUUCCAGGACAGUUAGGAAGAUGCCUGAGGUUUUAAAUAUUAGCGAACUCUGCUAUGUUCCACAUAGUGGGAACGUUUCCACAGUAAGGCCUCCAGAACUUCCUGAUGUAAUACAACCAAUGGGUGAACAAUACAGCAGACAAAAUUCAGCAGGAAACAACCAAGAUGAAAUAAUGGAGUCGGUUGGACAUGUGAGCUACUCCGUCCCAAACAGAUCAGCCUCUACUGGCCUUCUCCGGAUUUCAAAGCACAAAAAACGAACUAUAAUCAGGAGGGGAAACAUAUCUAGAUAUCAAUCAGACUCUGCAACAGAAAUGGAAGAAAAGCAUCAGGAGCAUCAAAAUAAAUCAUUACAUCAAGGAGAAGAAUCCUCUUUCACAAACGUCCAAAGUUCAGAUUUGCCUCCACGGGCCCUCAUACCCUUUAUAGCAUAUGCGCAACAGGGUGCUUUAUUUCAACACUCUCUGAGUUCAUCAACUAGUAGAAAACUACCUAUAGCAUCUUGUAUCAAAAUGGAAAUUCGGAGCAAACAGUUGAAGCAGGCAGAAAAUCCUGCAGCUGAUGAGGAUCAACUGGAAAGACCUGAAGAUCUUGAGCAGGUCAUAUCACCCAACAUUUUAACACCUUUACCUCUCCAACAGCCUCUCACCACAGAUUCCUCUAAAGAGGAACCAAUCAGCUGCUCAAUGGAUCACAAUGUUCCUCUUUCCUCUGAUCCGACUCAGAGCCACUCCGACCCAAACAGAUCAGCCUCUACUGACCUUCUCCUCCCUUCAGGAUCUGGUUUGAGAAAAGGAGACCUCAGUAACUCGUCUCCUUCUCUCCUCUGUCCUCUGACUCAUCAGGAUCCUCCUUUAGACGUCAGUAUCUUACCCCGAGCUGCUAGUUUACCCAACAUGAAGCUCCAAAGCAGCUUUGAGGAGUUUACUCCUGGUUUCUGUGGAGAUGCAGAAGAUGAAACCUACUGGUUCCAGUGCUCCAGUCCAGGCCUGUACCAGUGCAGAGUGAGCGGCCUGGUGUUUGACAUGAAGGGAGGAGGAGACGUGUUUUACAGGGUUGUUCCCUGGAACAGGAGAUUUCUGAGCCAACAUGGCAAGAAGCCUGCAGGACCUCUGUUUGACAUCAGCUGCCAGCAGCAGUCUGUGGCUCAGCUUCAUCUCCCUCACUGUGAGGUCCGCUCCACAGGACGAUGUCACUUCCUGUCAGUCGCUCAUCUACGUGACGAAAGCAUCGAGUUCAUCAGGCCUGAGAGGAUCACAGAGACUCACAUCAUCAUCAGCAUCACAGGGUUUUCUGCUUUUGGGAACGUCAAGGACGAAGAUUCUCCUCCUGACCCGGUCCGAGCCUUGGUUCUGCUGUUCUACAAACCUCCAGAUGAUCCCGAGUCAGAACACGAGAUUAAUGUGUUGAUGCUGCCAAAGAACGUUGUUCUCAGAACUGUACUGCAAUUUAGGAAGAAGUUUUAUGAGAAUGAAGGAUUCAUAGAGUCGCCUCCAGACUGUAAACUGCAGCCAAAGAAGGUUUACUCUCUGUUCACGUCUCCUGGAGGAGAUCCAGUUCUGCUUCUUCCCAAAAUGACAGCGUUUUAUUGGGAGUAUUAUGAAGUCUACUUUUCAUCGUUUCAGGUGCCAUUAAGAACCUUUAGAGAUUUUACCCUGAGUUUGGUGGAGGAGGAGACUUCUAACUGUGUUUGGAAACAGUGUGUUCAUCUUUCACCUCCGAAAGCAAAAAUUAGCUUCUUUUCAAGCGAGCGGAUGAAAGAAAUACAAAGCAGCACAAUCGAUCGGAUAUCAGUAGCAAAAGUUAAUCCACAUGGUGCUGAACUUCAUUCUUCUGCUGUUUUCCAGACAAAGGAUGUUCAAGGCCAGAGCCAGCCAUCACGUUUCUCUUUGUUCUCCAGAUUGAACCCUUUCCAUUAUCAACAGAAAAUAAAAUUUGACAAAGACAAACAACGAGAAAUUGAAGAAAAGCUUCAGAAAGAUCUAUAUGAAGUAGAUAAAACACAAAGAUAUAGCGCAAAAUUACCAAGAUCAACUUCAUCCCUGUCAAAAAUAAGCAGGUAUGGGUCAAUUGUUUCUGUAACUGAACAUUCUCUAGAUUUACCAACUAGUAAAAUAAAAUGCAAAGCAUUGUGUCUCAAGAAGAAACCUCUAAAAACCUUGAAGCAGACUUAUGAAGAUCAUCUCAAACAAACUGAAGAACUUGACCAAUUCGCAGUCCCAGGGAUAACACCUUUAUCUCUCCAACAGCCUCUCACCACAGAUUCAUCUAAAGAGGAACUAAUGUACUGCUCAAUGGAUCACAAUGUUCCUCCUUCCUCUGAUCCGACUCAGAGCCACUCCGACCCAAACAGAUCAGCCUAUAUUAACCUUCCCCGGACUUCAAAGGACAGGAAACAAAUUUCACUCAGGAUGAAAAACAGAUCUAGAUAUCGAUCAGGCUCUGCCACAGAAAUUGAAGAAAGGCAUCAGGACCAUCAAAAUAAAUCAUUUUAUCAAAGAUUAGAAUCCUCUUUCACAAACCUGCCUUCAUGGACCUGGCUACGCUUACGUAGGUUUAAUUCACAAGCCAAUGCUUCUUCAAUUCAACACUCUCUGAGUUCAUCAACUAGUAGAAAAGAAUCUGUAGGAUCUGGUAUCAAAAUGGAAACUCUGACAGAAAAUCCUGCAGCUGAUGAGGAUCAACUGGAAAGACCUGAAGAUCUUGAGCAGGUCAUAUCACCCAACAUUUUAACACCUUUACCUCUCCAACAGCCUCUCACCACAGAUUCCUCUAAAGAGGAACCAAUCAGCUGCUCAAUGGAUCACAUUGUUCCUCUUUCCUCUGAUCCGACUCAGAGCCACUCCGUCCCAAACAGAUCAGCCUCUACUGACCUUCUCCCUCCUUCAGGAUCUGGUUUGAGAAAAGGAGACCUCAGUAACUCGUCUCCUUCUCUCCUCUGUCCUCUGACUCAUCAGGAUCCUCCUUUAGACGUCAGUAUCUUACCCCGAGCUGCUAGUUUACCCAACAUGAAGCUCCAAAGCAGCUUUGAGGAGUUUACUCCUGGUUUCUGUGGAGAUGCAGAAGAUGAAACCUACUGGUUCCAGUGCUCCAGUCCAGGCCUGUACCAGUGCAGAGUGAGCGGCCUGGUGUUUGACAUGAAGGGAGGAGGAGACGUGUUUUACAGGGUUGUUCCCUGGAACAGGAGAUUACUGAGCCCACAUGGCAAGAAGCCUGCAGGACCUCUGUUUGACAUCAGCUGCCAGCAGCAGUCUGUGGCUCAGCUUCAUCUCCCUCACUGUGAGGUCCGCUCCACAGGACGAUGUCACUUCCUGUCAGUCGCUCAUCUACGUGACGAAAGCGUCGAGUUCAUCAGGCCUGAGAGGAUCACAGAGACUCACAUCAUCAUCAGCAUCACAGGGUUUUCUGCUUUUGGGAACGUCAAGGACGAAGAUUCUCCUCCUGACCCGGUCCGAGCCUUGGUUCUGCUGUUCUACAAACCUCCAGAUGAUCCCGAGUCAGAACACGAGAUUAAUGUGUUGAUGCUGCCAAAAAACGUUGUUCUCAACAAUGUUCUACGUUUCAGGAAGAAAUUAGACGAUAAUGAAAGAUUCCUGGAGACGCCUCCAAAUUGCAAACUGCAGCCGAAUCAGUUUUACUCUCUGUCUGUCUCUCCUGGUGGCGACUCGGUUCUGGUUCAGCCCAAAGAAGCCGAGUUUGAUGCAGAAUCCUAUGAAAAUUACGUCCCAACGUUCCAGGUGGUUUAUGAGGAAAUGAUGAAACACGUCAGACUGUCUCUGACGGACAGCAGCUCCUGCAUCGUCUGGGAGAGACGGGUUUGUCUUUCUGCUGCCGGAGUCAGAAGAUCCAGUGGACCGACCCGACAGAACCUCAGUCCACAAGAGCAACUGAUGGAGAUAAGGAUCAGUUUUAUGGAGGGAGUAUCAGGACCGGUUCUGCAGAGUUUGUUGGAUAAUCUGCUGGAGGAAAAAGUCAUCAAUGAUUUUGAGAGGGAGGCAGUGGAGGCAGAGAGAACCAGAGGAGACAGAGCUCGAGUUUUAAUCGACACGGUGAGGAGAAAAGGAGAUGUUGCGAGUUCAAAGAUGAUCCGGUUCCUCUGUGAGCUCGACCAUCACUUCUCUGAACGUCUGGGGCUGAUGUGAGGAAGAAUCAGGCAGAAUGGAAAAACUAAUGUUGAGGCUACUGAGAGUUAUUCUUUCUGUUAAAGUUAAAAUAUUGAACCUUUAGUGAAGCUUCAUGACUUGUUUUGAUUAAAAACGUUGUUAAAUGUUGCAGAGGUUGGAGAUACCUGCAGAAAGGACUGAGUUGAAUAUUACUGAGAUGGAAGUGAAGAACAAACCAUCAGGCCUGCUGGUUUGUUUCUGUGGUGCAGCAAACAUGAAGAGUCACAUUAAAAAUGAUCAUCACUCUGAACUCCAUCUUACUAUUGACCUCUACAUUGGGACUUCUUAGACUAUAAAGUCAAAAUAGGAACAAAAAAGCACAAUAGUUAAAAAUAGCCCUCACCACGCAAGGUGAAUUAUAUUAAGAUACUGGAAAGGUCAAAAUAUUCCUACCUGUACAGAACGAUAUGCAGCACUUUUAUAGAUCGCCUCUAAUGAACGACUCAUCCACAAGAUAAACGGUCAGAUUGAGGCGUUUUAACCGUUGUUAAAACCAGAGGAAAGGCUCAAACACUAUUGGUCCAGAAUAAACGAUACAGUGUGUGUGAACUUUUUAUUUACAUUAUUUUAUUUUAUUUUUAUUUUACUAUAUUUUCUUUUGCUUUAGCUCCUUCUGCUGGCGGAGGUGGGGGAGGAUCGGGAGGAGUUCAGGGGGAAAAUGUUAAAAACUCAAGUCCUUCUCUGUAUAACUAUAAGUAUAUUAAUGUUGUAUACUUUACAGUACUGAUACUGUCAACACCGGUUUCACUGUAUGUUUAAUUGUUAAAGGAUUUAAUAAACAUUGAAAAUAAAAAAUAAAAAAUCACGUUAAAAAAAUAUCCACUCACAUUUUGAUUUUCUAAAAAAUUAUCAUUGUUCAAUAUUUUCUUAAACAUACUAUUAUUUAAAUAUUUGAGUCGAAUAUUGUUCAAGUCAAAUAUUAAUAUAAUGUAUUAUUUCAGUAUUUAUUUAACUAUAUGUUCUGUUGAAAUGAUGUAAACUGGCUCAUUUGAUUACUAAAUUAACACAGCAGUCCAACUAUAGCAUGAAUGUUUAUAGCUGAUAUAUAUGAAAAACACAGGAGAAUGAUAUUAUUAAAUACUGGAAUACACAUAUAUAACAUUAAAAUACAAAACAUAAUGAUUUCCACAAUAUUUUAUUUUUUAAAUCCUGAAAACAUUGAAGUAAUUAGAAAAAUAUUUUUUUUAAUGUAUGUAUAUCUGAUAUUGUGUUUUUACGCCUAUUUACUGUAUUAUUGAACUGUUUGUACUCGAUGCUGAUAUUUAAAUGUCUGUAAAUAUUUUUUUAAAACAAAUUAAAAAGAGAAAAAUAAGUUGAUGCCCUUG